AUGCCAGAGCGGGGAGGUGAUCAGGGCGACUACCGCGAUGGAAUGCAGGAGAAGAUUGCCAAUGUAAUCGCGUGUCUCAAAGCUGAGCCAAGGUCGAAGCGAGCGAUCAUUCCAAUUCCAUUUCCUUCGGAAGGUAGCAAGACGGUUGAUUGGACCAACCAGGGGCAGACGAAGUGCUGUAGAGAGCUUCAUUUGUACAUUGAGGACGGCUGCUUGAAGUGCACCGGGAUUCUCAGAAUGCAAAAUGCGAGCAUUUUCCCGAAGAACAUCCACUUUUUUGCCACCUUGCUGGAACAUGUGGGCCAGCAGCUCCAGGUGCCCGUUGGCGAGUAUACGCAUUGGAUUACCAACCUCUGUCACGACCGGUCUGCGAUCAGUUGCUGA